CCCUCACCGGGAGCCUCUUAAUUCCCUGUUCCUCACUCAGAAAUGAAUUCGCAUGGUUCAUCCCUGAAAGGACCUCACGUUAAUAACGGAGGGGGGCCGGUUACAUUCUUCAUUCGGGGCCAUUUAUCCGAUAGCGCCGUAAAGAAGGGUUCAUUCCUCGGCCGACUGAGACACUUCAUAGACGUCAUCGAUCCCAGCACCCUGUUUGUGUCCGAGAAACGAUUGAAAGAAUGCGUGAAACUGCUUGAUGACUACAAACAUGGCGAGCUCCCCCCCGGAGUGUCCGACCUUCAGCUGUGGGAAGCCCAGAAGAUCAAGCAGGCCAUCAUUCAUCCCGACACAGGAGAGAAGAUCUUCAUGCCAUUUCGAAUGUCAGGUUAUGUACCAUUUGGAACCCCGAUUGUCAUUGGCCUUCUGCUUCCAAAUCAGACUGUGGUGUCCACCAUUAUAUGGCAGUGGCUGAACCAGAGUCACAAUGCUUGUGUGAAUUUUGCAAACCGCAAUGCCACCAAGCCGACGCCAACAUCCGAGUUUCUUCAAGGCUACGUGGGGGCCGUGACCAGCGCGGUUUCAAUUGCAGUGGGGCUGAAUGUGCUUAUUCAGAAGGCCAACAGGCUGAGUCCUGCCACCAGAAUGAUAAUUCAGAGACUGGUCCCCUUCCCAGCUGUAGCUAGUGCAAACAUCUGUAACGUGGGCCUGAUGAGACACAGUGAGCUAUCUGAAGGAAUUGAUGUGCUGGAUGACAACGGGAACGUUGUGGGUUCCUCCAAAAUUGCUGCAAGACACGCGAUCACCGAGACCGCCUUCACGCGCGUGGUCCUCCCGAUGCCGAUCUUUGUCCUGCCCCCCAUCAUCAUGUCCUACCUAGAGAGGCUGCGAUUCCUGCAGAGCAACCGGCGGUUACUGCUUCCCGUCCACAGCCUCGUGUGCCUGGUUACCUUCGGCCUCUCUCUGCCCGUGGCCAUCAGCCUGUUCCCCCAGAUGUCUCAGAUCGAGGUGUCUUCCCUGGAGCCGGAGAUCGCCAUGGCAACAGAUUGCAAAGUGUUGACCUACAACAAGGGUUUAUGAUGGACGCCGUGGUGAAGGAGAGAGGAGAGCGCGAACAAAGGGGAACGAGGAUGGAAAUGAGGGUCCAUUGUCUACGGCUGUCGGUUCAGGAGCCGCCAGCCUGUAGAUCCUCAAUACUAACACAGGGUUGCUUUUUAUUCAACGCUCAAAGAUCAUAGCAAUUAUUGAGUGCAGGGUUAUAAAAGAAGAAGCUCUGUGUAUAGAUAUAUAUAUAUAUAUAAAUAAGGAUAUAUUUACUGUUAAACCAGGUUUUUUUUUAGCAUUGAUGAAGUUCCUACACAUGGCUGCUUUUCAUUUAAUGAAAAGGGUUCAAGCAAUAAUAGACUUUUAAUGGCUCUUUUUCUCGCUCUUACCGCUGGUUUGAUGAGGUGGUGCACAGGGGUUUCAGAAUCGAACCUGGAUGUUUGGCUGAUAAGAAGAGUGAGAGUGAACUAAAAAGAUAAAGUUAUUAAACACACAGUUAGGUGGUGAGGAAAUAAAGGGAGGCAGUAUUGUCAACUUGAAAGCUUCUCUCUCUCAAGGUUAAUUAGCGUUUGACAUUGAAUUUAUCUUUAUUUAAAGCCCACAUCUCCUUUGAACCUUUUUUAAUCUUAUUGAAGAAAUAACUAAGUGACUGUUAUUCACUCGUUGCAGGUAUACAAUCAGAUUUUUAGAUGCCGGAAGAGGUGAAACUAUUCUACUGUUUCACAAGGAAAAGAGCAAAGAUUAGGGGUAAGAUUUGAAAAUAAAAUAAAAAUAUAAUAUAAUUUUAUGCUGCACCAGGAGAUAAAUCGUGCAACCCCAAGAUUAGAUAAUUGUCCCUAAAUCUACAAUUGUCCAUUUCCUGUGUGAUUCAGAGGUUAGCUCUGAAAACCCCCGUCACUGCCCCCUGCUGGACAGAAAACAACAAACAUGGCCACGUGUCUUUGGCUUUCCUGCACCACAAUUUCUUGUCAACACAUGCUGAUCCUGAUAAAUCUGCAAUAAGCUCAUGUACAUGGUGUCAGGGCUCUAUUCUUAUGUAAUAUGAUAGACAAACAGAGCUUCCCCCACAGUAUACGUUUGGCCUGUGGGAAAACACUGGAUAAAACAUGUUUAUGUAUCAUGUUAAGGAAGAGAACCCAUAUGCACUAAUCUGAAGCUGCUCUCUCUGUCGCUGGCCGCACCAUAAAUGUCAAUGGGACAAUGUGGGCUCCGUACUGUAGAGAGCAGUUUACACACUGUUCAACACGACUUCAACCAUGUGAAAUAAUGUACAGAAUUGUAUUCUGGACAUUCUGUUUGUUAUGAUAACACUACACAAACUUUCUUUUUUAACUUUGGAAAGAGAUGUCAUACUUUCUAUAACUGCUUCUGUAUGCCUAGUGCUUUAGUAUGUACAGUAUUUUGAAUAUAAAAGUAUAACCGAUAUAUUCUACUGCUUAUUAUGAAAUAGUAUUUGUAAUUAUUUGUAUAAUAGUUCUCCUUACGUUUAUCAGAUGUUUGCCAGUUGAGCAAUGUAAAACCUUUAUCUAUAUUAUCUAUA